UGCAGGAGACGAUUGGCGAGGUGCCCGAUAUCAAGACUGAGGACGAGUGAGUAGGAGACAUUGGUGUGUGUGUGUGUGUGUCUACACAUCCCUUCCUUCUCGAUCCUCUUCUUCCUUCCUCCUCGUCAUUGCGGCUUCGGUGCGAUUUUUUUGCGCUUUUCAGCUUCUGCAUUGCUUCCUGCGUCUGGCUCUCCGUUCUGGCCAGUUAUGCGCUUCUUGCCUUUUGGCUGCUGCUACUGCUGCUGCUGCAUCGCGUCCAUCGCUCUCCACGCGUGGCCUUGAUGUGUGCGUCUGCGUUUUGCUUUUUUGGCUUUGCUCUGCUUUGCUUUCCUCUUUGCUCUAGCGACGACAAACAACAACAACAACAACAACAACAACAACAGAAAAGGUUCACAUACCACGAUUACCAAACACCACCACACAAAAACCACAACCAAGCAAACACUCAACUGUUGCGACGGCCUCCAUCUCCAAAUUUUCGACUUCUUCGGAUUUUCCAAGGCCUUUUCUUUUCCGCAUACAACCAACCAAGAUUCCCCCAAUUUCCGGUUUUUCAGGCCUCGAAAGCGCGAAACCAAAAACGGCCGCCUAAUCAUCUCUUAACUAUUUCCCCUUCUUUCUUCUUCAUCCGGCUCCUCUCUUCUCGGCGCGCCCAUUACACACAUACUUACGCACAUGGAUACACAACACACACAAUCCGACGAUCUCGACUAAAAAAGAACCUGGGACGCACCGGGCCGGAACGGAACGGAACGGAACGAAAACUCGCACGAAUUUCCUUUUUUCUAUGCGGAUGGCGACCUGGCUUGGCGCGCUGCUGCUUGAUCGAUCCGAAGCAGUUGCAGCUGCAGCUGCAGCGGGCAGAGGUAGCCGGGCGGGCGGGGAACGUCAUCUUUGUCAUCAUUGGGGACGGCCCGGCGAUCGAUAGCAAUAGCAACGAACAAACGCGGCCACGGGCCUGUGGACUUCAGCGUAGUUUGGGCCUCUUUCGUCGCGGCUGCUGCCGCUGCAUUGCGUUGCAUUGCAUUGCUGCUCUUUUCGUUUUCCUUUUACUUUUGCCUUUUCUUUUCCUACCCAGCAACAUCAGAACUCUACUAGUUUGGCCUUUUUCUUCUCUUUUCCUCUUUCCUCGCAGGCAUUUCCUCAUCUUUUCCUGUCUUUGAUUUGGUUCGGUUCGGCCAUGGUUGAUUGAUUGACUUGAUUUGAUUGAUUGAGAACGAUACGAUACCACUGGGUUUGCCUGCUUGACGACGCUGCGAUGCGAUGGGUUGCGGAUGCGAGGCGAGGAGUGGCUGCCGGCCGCGCGGCACUACUGUCCGGCACAGCAGUUGGGGCAAUGGCAACGAUGCCGGCGACGAUAGGGGGCGGUAGGGGGUGGUUGCGCUGAACGACGGGGGGGUGAUGGGGGUUGCUGAUGAUGAUGAUGACGACGAUGAUAAUGGAUGCGUAGAUG